CCCGCGGCCGACGGUCCGUUGGAGAUCCAACUUGAAGUAACAAGGCUAUAGCAACUUACUCAUACGAGGCGAUAUCGUAUGUCUGGGGAACUAAGCCUAAGUUUACCGCUAUACCGAGCCCUAGCGGGCCCAUUCGCAUUGCCCAGAAUCUUGCCGAUGGACUGCGUCGUCUGCGGCUCUUCAGCACACCUAGAUACGUCUGGGCUGAUGCAAUCUGCAUCAACUAGAAUGAUGUCGACGAAAGGAGCAAUCAAGUGCGCCUAAUGCGUAUGAUUUACAAGCACGCUACCCAGGUUCUCCCGACUUACCAUUCCGGUACCGACCCUUCUCGCCCCGGCCAUGGGUGCCUCCCGCCUCUAGACUCCCCGCUGUGGAAUACCGUAGCCUGUCUGUUCAACAACGCCUGGUUCUACCGUGUCUGGUGCAUUCAAGAGAUUGCUUUAGCGUCCUCAGCCUUGGUGAUCUGGGGUGACUGCGAAAUUGUAUGGAGAUGGGUCGGCAUUGCGGCAGGAAGCAUCCAGGCCAAUUACUACCAGGUCAUACUGAAACACUUCGGUAUGAGCGGUGUGUCCAACGCAUACCUGAUGUACCGGAUCUCCCAGGCCGAACUGGAUAUGCGCCCACUAAUGCUUUCUUUUUCUCACCUAGUCGCAAUGACGCGACAUUUCCAGGCGACGGAUCCGAGAGAUCGGAUAUUCGGGCUCUUGGGCCUUCCCGCUACUGACUCGGAUCCCGACAAUGGCCAGUUAUUUGUGGAGCCUGAUUACUCGUUGCCCCCGCAAACCGUCUAUCGCGAUUACGCACACAAGGCACUCCGGUCGGAUACCUCCUUAACGCUACUCUCAAGCGUCCAACACGGCUUCAGUCUAACAUCGAGCUGUGGUACCUGGAUACCGCAGCUUGAUCGAGAUUACACGCGCUCACUUGCCUCCUUUAAAAGAGAUCCGG